AUGGUUCGAAUAAGCGAGGCGAUCAAAGAUGAUCACCGGAAACUGGAAUCUUGUUACAACAUCAUUGUCAACUCUGAAGAUGAAGAUGAACAAACCCGAUUUCAAAAUCAAUUUACCUGGGAGCUUGCACGACACGCGGUCGCCGAGGAAUUAGUAGUGUUCCCUGCAUUGGAAAAGCUUCGCCCGGAAGGCAAGGCGAAGACAGAUGAUGAUCGGCGUGAACAUUCAGCGCUCAAAGAGAUGCUCGACGUUUUCCAGGACCUAAACUGCUCCGAUCCACGCUUCAUCCCUACCAUCACAAUGCUGAUGGAAGGUCUUGCCCAGCAUAUGCAAGACGAAGAGGCAAACGACCUGAUCAUAUUGGAGGAGUCCCUCACUUCAGAAGAGAGCGAGAAGUUGGCUAACUCUCUUAACCGCACAAAGAUGUUUGUGCCCUCUCGCUCCCAUUCAUAUGACCUGGACCAACCGCGCUAUGAGACUGCAGCCAGUCUGCUCUCAGCUCCACUGGAUCAUCUUCAGGAUUUGUUCCGGAAGUGGCCAGAGGAGGAAAGCAUGCUAAGUGCGCCACUAGAGUAG